AUGUCGCUGCCGCCCUUCCCCUCCCGCUUCGCGGGGCCGCCGCCUACCCUGCCCCCCUGCUUCCCUCCCGCGGGGCCUCCCCCGUUCUGCGGCAGGCCUCUCCCGCCGCCUCCGCAGCCGUUCUUCCCUUCGCCCUUCCCGCCCGGCGACCCCGGGCCUCCCCCGGCCUUCCCGCCGCCGCCCUUCCCGCCGUGGCCCGAGGCGGGCGCGGAGGACGAGCGGUGGCUGAGCCGCUUCCUGGCCCGGCGGGCCCGCGAGGCGUCUGCGGCUGCGUGGGUCGGGCCUUGCCCCAGCGAGGCGGGGCGCGUGGCGGCGGAGGCGCUGCGGCGGGUGGCGGGGGUGGUGGAGCUGUGGCGGGCCGGGGGAGGGCGCGAGGAGGCGGAGCGGCGGCUGGCGGAGCUGCGGGAGCUGACGCGGCCCCUGCGGGACCCCGCCUGCCUGGCCGCGCUCGGCCGCAAGUGCCGCAAGAGCCGCCAGAAGCGGCUGCGCAGGAAGCGGCUGAGGCAGGAGGCCCGCGCCGCCCGGGAGGAGGCCGAGGCACGCAAGGCCCAGCGGGAGGCGCUCAUCGACCGCUGGAGGGCCCGGCGAGCCCAGGAGGUGGAGGAGAAGCACCGGGAACAGGAACUUAAAGCUGCUGCAGAUAGCGUGUUGUCUGAAGUACGGAAAAAGCAAGCAGAUACAAAGCGGAUUGCAGAAAUCCUGCGUGGUUUGGAAAAACUGAGGAAGCUAAGAAAAGAAGCGGCAGCCAGAAAAGGAGUCUGCCCACCCCCUGAAGCAGACGAAGCCUUCGAAAACGAAGUCCAGAGCUUAAGAACGCUGAUUAAACAGCGCACAGAAGUGUACGAAGCUGAAGAACGAGCGCUGCGAGUUAUGCUAGAAGGAGAACAGGAGGAGGAGAGAAAAAGAGAACUGGAGAAGAAGCAAAAGAAAGAAAAGGAGAAGCUCCUGCAGCAGAAACGGGAAAUGGAUAGCAAGCUCUUUGGGGAUCCAGAAGAAUUUCCCCUCUAUCACCUUUUGGAGCCGUUCAGGCAAUAUUAUUUACAAGCUGAAUAUUCUGUGCCAGCUCUCAUCCAGAUAAGGCACGAAUGGGAUCGGUUCCUGGUGCUGGCAGAUCACCCAGAAGGAAGUUUCAUCCCCCCGGGAUGGGUCCUCCCGAGUCCGCCUUCCAGCGACAUUUGGGCCACAGCUGUCGGUUGAUGCGGCCAAGUUCUGAAGGACACAAUGGAACACCAUUUGGUGUUAAAACACCUCUUUUCUUUUUUCGUUGCGAAACCCAGGGGCGCAAGGCAGACUACACUGUUCUAAGGCAGUGUGAAAUAGUCCCCGUGGUGGGAAGUUCCGUCGCUAGUCAUAUUUUUAAGAAGAGUUUGGUUCGAAGGAAUUCAUCAUGAUUGCAUUGCAAGUGGUCCUCUUCUGUGGUGCAGCUGUGCGCUUUAAAGCGGGAACAUUUCUCAGCAUUUUUUUCAUGUCACAAAAUGCCAUUGCCUUUGAUUUUAAGAAGAUACCAGCUGCUUACUGGCAGCGAGCCCUGAGUUAGGAACCUGUACUGUUAACCGUGUCCUGCUGAGGCCAAGUAGAGUCUGGAGGCUGUGCAGCAAGCCCAGCUGCUGCACAUUAUUGCACAUGUUUCUAAUCUGCUCUUUUCUGGGGAAAUCAGUGUCUCUACUCCAAAAGUGAUCUUCUCAAAGGCAGCUGGUGAACCCUUUAGAGGUGCAUCCGUGUUCUCAAGUUACAGCUGUGUUUCUGAUGUUUCAGUUUAAAAAAAAAACUUCUCCAUGGUUACUUCAGCCUUAAACGCCGUGAUUGAAGUGAACCAGCGUAUGUGUGUUGUUAUCACCUUUGAAAAUUUGGCUUCAAACAUUUGAAAACACUUUCAGGCAAAACUGAGAGAAUUACAAGCAGCCUUGCAGUUUUCCUGGGGUAUAUCACACCCUGGUUUUCGUUUGCGCAAGGGUUGAGAAAGCCGCAAUGUUCCACCGUCAAAUUAGAGGGGCGGUACUCGUGGGAGUAACGUCGGUUUGAUUGUACCUGCACAGAAGUGAGCAGUUGGUAAUCAACAUCUCACACAGCUCUCUAAAACAAAUGUUAGUUGCACAUUCUCCACACUGAGGGUUGUUGUGUUUUGGCAAAAAAACAAACAUACAGCCAUAAGGAGGGAUGAACCCCAUUGAGAAGUGGGAUUUCUCCAUUAGCCUUGCAGUGGAGCUAUUGAAGCCACAUGAGUAUCUGUUAGACAAGUUGCAUGGCCUCCAAAUUACGCUGGAUUUUUGCUGAACUGUACGACAGGUCUUUAGUAUACAUUAUACUAAUUCCAUUUUUUCAUUAUAUGAAAUCUCGGUUCCAUCUUUACAUCGUAAAGGCUUUGAAAAUACAACCCGUGUUCCUGUGAGAACAGACGUGUGUGGUUUUUAUUUGUAGCAUAAGCCACCGGAAAGCAUUAACCUGGCAGAUGACAAAAACAAAAACCGUCUCAACUGCGACUGUGUGCCAGGGUCAUGGGUCGCUGAAUCCCCUGGUCCAAAACUUUGCCUUUGUUUAAUAUUUGAAUGUGAUCCAAAUGUGAGCGAUGACCUUAAUGCAAGGUGGUAAGUUGCCAGAAUUGUUUGCGUUGCUAUAUUUAAUAAACUCUGGAUGUUAUUUGUAAUUUCAAAAUAAAUAACAUUUCACAGUG